AUUGCCAGUCACCGCAUGGGACUUUGGACGGUCUGAUGCUCACUCUCUCUCGCAAAUUGUCUACAACCAGGUCCUCCUCCACAUCUAUUGCCAGCGUUUCCCCACAGAUUUUCAAUCCUGUUUCUCAGAUUGAACAGAAGCGGAAAAUCUUAGAGCACAGAAUCAAUUUUGUUCUCGAUGACUGCAAAACCGUUACUCAAAUUAAGCAGGUUCAUGGCCACCUCCUCCGUAGAGGCCUCGGCCAAAGCUGCUACGUUGUUACCAAGCUUAUUCGCAUUCUUACCAAACUCGACGUCCCAAUGGACACCUACCCUCGUCUCGUCUUCGAACAAGUUAAAUACCCAAAUCCAUUUCUCUGGACUGCUAUGAUUCGCGGAUACGCUCAACAAGGACCUCUUUCCCAGGCGAUUGUUUUGUAUGAUUGUAUGAGGAGAGCAGGUACUGGGCCUGUGUCGUUUACGUUCUCGGCGCUUUUCAAGGCUUGUGGUGCAGCUCUCGACGUGAACUUGGGUAGGCAGAUUCAUGCCCAGACAAUUUUAAUUGGAGGGUUUGCGUCUGAUUUGUAUGUGGGCAAUACCAUGAUUGGUAUGUAUGUCAAAUGUGGGUUUUUGGAGUGUGGGCGGAAGGUUUUCGAUGAAAUGCCUAAUAGAGAUGUGAUUUCUUGGACGGAGUUGAUUGUUGCUUAUGCCAAGAGUGGGGAUAUGGACUUGGCAAGAGAUUUGUUUGAUGGGUUGCCUGUGAAGGAUAUGGUGGCGUGGACAGCUAUGGUUACAGGUUAUGCCCAGAAUGCUCAGCCAAGGGAGGCGUUGGAUAUGUUUGAGCGAAUGCAAAAUGUAGGUGUUCAGACAGAUGACAUUACACUGGUUGGUGUCAUUUCGGCCUGCGCGCAAUUGGGUGCGUCCCAGUACGCUAACUGGGUCCGAGAUGUUGCUGAAAGAUCUGGUUUUGGGCCUUCUGAAAAUGUUGUUGUGGGAUCUGCUAUGAUAGACAUGUACUCAAAGUGUGGGAGCGUAGUCGAUGCUUACAAGGUGUUUGAAGGAAUGAACGAAAGAAAUAUUUUUUCUUACAGCUCAAUGAUUGUGGGGUUUGCGAUACAUGGUCGUGCUCAUGCAGCAAUCCAAUUAUUCCAUGAUAUGUUGAAGACUGACAUAGAACCAAAUCAUGUCACUUUUAUAGGGGUUCUUACAGCGUGUAGCCAUGUGGGUCUAGUAGACCAGGGUAGGCACUUGUUUGCAACCAUGGAAAAGUACUAUGGUGUUGCUCCAUCAGCGGAUCACUACACUUGCAUGGUUGAUCUACUCGGUCGAGCGGGUCACUUGGAAGAAGCUCUUGAGCUUAUCGAAACAAUGCCAAUGGAGCCCAGUGUAGGUGUGUGGGGAGCAUUGCUCGGAGCAUGUCGUAUCCAUAGGAACCCCGACAUUGCCCAGCUCGCUGCUAACCAUCUUUUCGAGCUUGAACCUAAUGAUAUUGGAAACUAUAUCGUGCUUUCAAACAUAUAUGCAAUGGCUGGAAGGUUGGAUGACGUUUCAAGGGUGAGAAAGCUAAUGAGAGGAAAGGGUCUUAGAAAGAAUCCUGGAUAUAGCUGGAUUGAAGCAGAGAAAGGGCAAAUUCACGAGUUCUUUGCAGGUGAUACGACGCAUCGGAUGUCAAUCGAGAUUAAGCAGGCAUUGGAGGAUCUUCUGGUCAGACUAAAGGCUCGUGGAUACCAACCAGACCUUAAUUCCGUGGCUUAUGAUGUAAGUGAUGAAGAAAAGAAGCGUAUAUUAAUGACUCAUAGUGAAAAGCUAGCCCUAGCAUACGGACUCGUGAGUACAAAUGCUGGCUGUACCAUUAGGAUAAUGAAGAAUCUUAGGAUAUGUGAUGAUUGUCAUGCAUUCAUGUGUGGUGCAUCACAGAUAACGGCGAGGGAGAUGGUCAUCAGAGAUAAUAUGAGAUUCCACCACUUCCAUGAUGGGAUGUGUUCUUGUGGUAACUUUUGGUAAUUAAAACAGAUGUCCGAUUUUGGUUUUGACAUACCAUGCACCAUCUUUGUUUCUUUUGAAGAAACUUUUUUAUGCAUUUAUAAUGGGAUGUGUGCUUGUGGUAACUUUUGGUAAUUAAAACAGAUGUCCGAUUUUGGUUUUAA